UUUGUGCGUGACCUGCGGCGCGGGUCCCUCAGGACGCCGCUGACAGAGCAGUGCCGGCGGGCGACUCGGGCGGAGCGCGAUGGAUUGGGCGAGGACUUUUCCCGCGGGCCAGCACGCGAUGUGGACAUUGAUCAGUAUGUUAAGGUGUCACCGAUUGAAGAACCGCAGCUGUUCUUUGCACUCCUGAUGGAGUCCAUCUACUACCUCAUCAUGCACGUCGAAAACUGCAGCAGAGACGAGGCGGUUGCGAUUUCGCGGGAGAACUACCGUACGCAGGAGGAGGAUAUGGGCAUGGAGCAGAUGGCGCGGCAGUCUGUGCGGGAGCGCCAGCGGGAACAGCGACGGCGGUACAGGGAGGACGAAGAGAAGGACGAGUACACGGAUGACGAUGGCGAGUGGGCGUAG